AAACUUAUUUUUAUAUCCCUUUUUAAAUUUCUAGGAUGUUCAACAGAUUCAGUUAAUUUUCAUUCCACAGUUUCAAGAAAGGAAGAAAUUUCUGAAAAUAAUAAAGGAUUUAAAUUGUUAAAAGGAAUAGGUUGGAGUGAGGGACAAGGACUUGGAAAGGCAAAUCAAGGAAUGAAAGGACCGAUUGAAACAAUAAUUAAAAAUAAUCGGGCAGGAUUGGGAAUGUUUGUAAAAACAAAAGAAAAUGUAAGGGAAAAUUCUGCAAAUGAUAAAUUGGUAAUUUUGGAGAAAGUACGUCAACGAUAUGAACAAAUUGAUAAUAAAAAAUGAAAUUAAAUUGACUAAAUAAAAUUGUAUAAAACUUUUUUU